UGUUACCCGUCUUGGUAAUAGAGCCUGAACUCCCCGUCUUCCUCGAUCCUCCAUUGCCACAGUUGUCGUUGUGUUUCAAUUAACUCUCACUCUUCAAAAUGGUAUUUGCUCGUUCUCUUUCCAGCCAGCUUCGGCGGCCAGCCUCAUCCCUGCUCUCCGCCAGGGGACCUUGGGCGCGCUCUUGCGCUGCUUCUUGGACGCCCUCUCCCUAAGUGCACGCACAUUGACAGCUUCCGCAAAACUACAGGGUAAAGUUCUUAUGUGUCUGUAUGACGGCGGUGAGCACGCCAAGCAACAGCCCGGUCUUCUGGGAACUGUCGAGAACGAGCUCGGCCUGCGCAAGUGGCUCGAGGACCAGGGCCACACCCUCGUCACCACCUCCGAUAAGGAGGGUCCUAACUCCACCUUCGAGAAGGAGCUUGUUGACGCUGAGGUCAUCAUUACGACUCCCUUCCACCCCGGCUAUCUGACCGCCGACCGUCUGGCCAAGGCCAAGAACCUGAAGCUCGCCGUCACUGCUGGUAUCGGCUCUGACCACGUCGACCUGAAUGCUGCCAACAAGACCAACGGCGGUAUCACCGUCGCCGAGGUCACUGGUAGCAAUGUCGUCUCCGUUGCCGAGCACGUCGUCAUGACCAUCCUGACCCUGGUCCGCAACUUCGUUCCCGCCCACGACCAGAUUCGUAACGGUGACUGGAAUGUCGCUGCUGUCGCUAAGAACGAGUAUGACCUCGAGGGCAAGGUUGUUGGAACCGUCGCCGUCGGUCGCAUUGGCGAGCGUGUUCUGCGCCGCCUGAAGCCAUUCGACUGCAAGGAGCUCCUCUACUACGACUACCAGCCUCUCUCUCCUGAGGUUGAGAAGGAGAUUGGCUGCCGUCGUGUCGAGAGCCUCGAGGAGAUGCUCGCUCAGUGUGACGUUGUCACCAUCAACUGCCCUCUCCACGAGAAGACCUUUGGUCUCUUCAACAAGGACCUCAUCUCCAAGAUGAAGAAGGGCGCUUGGCUCGUCAAUACCGCCCGCGGCGCCAUUGUCGUCAAGGAGGACGUUGCUGAAGCCGUCAAGUCCGGCCACCUCCGUGGUUAUGGAGGUGACGUUUGGUUCCCCCAGCCUGCUCCCAAGGACCAUCCGCUCCGCUAUGUCGAGGGCCCAUGGGGUGGUGGCAAUGCCAUGGUUCCCCACAUGUCCGGUACCUCGAUCGAUGCUCAGGUCCGCUACGCCCAGGGCACCAAGAGCAUCCUCGACAGCUACUUCAGCGGUCGCCAUGACUACAGGCUCGAGGACCUCAUUGUCCGGAACGGUGACUAUGUCACCAAGGCUUAUGGCCAGAGAAACAAGGCUUAAACCUGUCCAGAGCCUGGCCGCUUUGGGGGUUUCUUUUUUUCCGAGUUCAAGUUGUCUCGAUUCUCGCCCUCCCAUGUAAUUACUGGGCCGUUUUCUUUCUUCCAUUUCUUCCGGUUGUAUAUUUGGGCUAUAGCGCGUAUGAUUUUGCUAGUAUUCUUUUCUUCCAAGACAUAUGAAAAAAUUAAUGUGGAUUCUACGGAAUUUGGUCUACCC